AUGGUGAAGAAAUUCACAAAUGACAUGAAAAUCAGUCAGGAGGAGGCUAAUGGUGGAAUUGGCUGUCCCCGUGCCCCUGAAAGCGAAAACACUGAACUGGCUGGUGACCCCGAGUCUGGUCAGGAAGAUAAAUCUGUAUUGACUCCUCUCGUUGUCACAAACGGUUGUGUCAAAGAUCCGGUGUCGGAGCGAGAGACAUGGACACGACAGAUGGAUUUCAUCAUGUCCUGUGUAGGGUUUGCUGUGGGACUGGGUAACGUUUGGCGAUUUCCCUACCUGUGUUACAAAAAUGGUGGUGGAGUCUUCCUCAUUCCUUAUUUGCUGAUUGUUUUGGUGGGAGGAAUCCCAGUUUUUUUCUUAGAGAUUGCACUGGGGCAGUUCAUGAAACAGGGAGGUAUCGGUGCAUGGAAUAUCGUACCUCUCUUCAAAGGUUUGGGCUUCGCUUCGAUGGUGAUCGUGUUUUUCUGUAACACGUAUUAUAUCAUGGUGCUUGCCUGGGGCUUGUACUAUCUCAUCCAUUCCUUCACCAACAAUCUUCCUUGGGCAACAUGUGGAAACUCAUGGAACACUCCAGAAUGUACCGAAGUCUUCCGGCAUGAUCAAUGCCACAACGGGACCGUUGUUAACUCCACGGCCUUCAAUGUGAGCUGUGAUGAGCUAGUGGAAAAGCGCUCGCCCAUCAUUGAGUUUUGGGAGAGGAAGGUGCUGCGAAUCUCCGUUGGGAUUGAUCACCCCGGAUCUAUUAACUGGCAGAUGCUCCUGUGUGUCCUCGCCACCUGGAUUAUCGUCUACUUCUGUAUUUGGAAAGGUGUGAAGUCAACAGGGAAGGUUGUCUAUUUUACGGCCUUGUUCCCCUACCUCGUUCUGAUCAUCCUCCUUGCUCAUGGCGUCUCACUUCCGGGAGCUUUGGAUGGCAUCAUUUAUUAUCUGAAACCUGAUUGGUCCAAGCUUGGUGAAGCUCAGGUUUGGAUUGAUGCAGGAACCCAGAUCUUUUUCUCAUAUGCGAUUGGAUUAGGAGCACUUACAGCACUAGGCAGCUACAAUCGUUUUCACAACAACUGCUACAGAGAUGCAUAUCUCCUGGCUCUGAUUAACAGCACCACCAGCUUCUUCUCUGGGUUUGUUGUAUUCUCUGUGCUUGGCUUUAUGGCAUCUGAACAAGGGAUGGAUAUCUCCAAAGUGGCUGAGUCUGGUGAGAAUGCACUCAAUGAGAAGCUUUGCUUGUUGCAGAAUAUGGAGCAGUCAGAAUUAGGAAGGGAGUUUUCAUCAAGUUUCGUUGUAGCUUCCAGAAGGACAGAGUUAACUGUCAUCAUGACAUUGGGCUUGAGAACUCAGAGAGACACAUGGAGAAGACUCCAAGGAAACCAGCUGGUGAUGGGCUGUAAUGGCAUGGGGAUAAAGGGAUAUUGGAAAUAG